AUGGGCGUUCCAAUCGCUACAAUCAAGAUCUCCCAGCCAGUAGUGGAAAUCUCAGGAGGUCAGUUCCAGCCUUCCCCAGAUGGCACCUUCACGCUCACACCCAACCAGGUGGUUCUGCGUGCCAGUGCGCUCACAGGAAGCUUCCUCGGCUCCAACCUGGACCAGGCAAAUGUGACUAUAACAGCACCCCAGGACUCGGUGCCUGCAGUGAGCGGGCGCCUCACCAGCCGCCUCUCCCAGUACCGCCUGGUGCUGCAAGCAUCGGUGUCUGUCCCUAUUGGCUCUGUCCUUGCCAACUCAGGAGCAAGUGACUCUGCAAUCUCAGCAGCAGCAGACGCCCGCGUGUUGGUCGAGAUCAAAGCUCUGGCUGUUGGCGCUAGUGCAUAG